AUGAACGCGUUGGUGAAGUCGAUUCCAGCAGUCAAUCGCUUGGCGCUAACCGGCAGCGUCAUCUUCCAACAAGAUCAAUCCGACGGGCCCGUCAAAGUAUCGGGACGUAUCCAAGGUCUCGACCCGUCCGCAUUACGCGGGUUUCACGUCCACGAAUUCGGCAACCUCCCAGGUAACUGCACCUCCGCCGGAGCGCACUACAACCCCUUCAACACCACCCACGGCGCUCCCACCGACGACAUCAACCACCGACACAUCGGCGACCUCGGGAAUAUCAAAUCCGACGAUAAAGGUGUUGCCAACCUGGAUUUUAGUGAUCAUAUUAUCAAGCUGGAGGGGCCGAUGAGUAUUAUUGGGCGCUCUGUGGUCGUACACACGGGGACGGAUGAUCUUGGGAGGGGCGGAACGCCGCUUUCGCUCACGACGGGGAAUUCGGGGGACAGAGCUGCGUGUGGAGUUAUCAGUAUGGGGUUUACUUCAUAUUUAUCUCAUACGCUGAUUGAUGAUUAA